UUGACGAAACUUUAGAGGUCGACGUUCAAGAGUUACACCACCAGUUGCGCGUGUCAACCAACAAGAAAAUAUCUCACCGGCAAACGAACGUUUUGGACAUGUGGACAUUCAUUAUGGCUCUGGUUUUGUCCCUGUUUUUUUGGCAGGAUUCAUCUGCCUUCAUCUGGGAAAGAACUAAGAACACAAAAGUGAAUCCUUGGACAAGAUACCAGAGAAUUCCACCUGCCCGGGAAACUGCCGACAAGCUAAUGAGGUAUUUUAUGGGCAUUGAUGACACAGUGCUACGACUGAUGAGAAGAAGGCAUCGCAGAUCCAUGCCUCAGCUUUACGCCCAGUUUGACGCAAUAUUCAUCAUCGACUCUUCGGGAUCGAUACGGCGAAGAGAUUACUAUCGUACAAUUAAAGCCCUGCAGAUUUUGACAGGAAAAGCCCAGCAUAGCAGACGGUAUGCAGCAAUAACAUUCUCGAACAAUGCCACUAUCCGUUUUGACUUUACAGAAAGAAAAGAGGCCGUAAACAAUUUACGGAAGAUACCUUUUGAACGCGGCAAGACGAACACUCAAGAUGCGCUUGAAAUGUGCCGAAAGGAGCUGAUAUUAAACCGCAAAACAGGCGCUAGACCUGGAGUCAGAAAGCGAGUCCUUAUCAUCACUGACGGACAAUCAAAUGUUGAAAAACACAAGACUUUGUUUCGUGCGUUCCAGCUCAAGAUGACAGGCACGCAAAUCUUUGUCAUUGCCAUCGGAAAGUACAUAAAAGGAAUCUCUGAGAUUGUUGGACUCGCAAGCUCUACAGAUGCGCAUCUCUAUCGUGUGGCCGAUGUCAAUGGACUCAUCCGUGUGGUGAGAAUGAUUCCCCCGUGGCAUCGCAUAAAGGAAUACAUGAGCCACUCAUGGCUGAAUAGAAUGCUACGGAAUCAAGCCUGAACCAGUGGCGUGCAGAGGUGGCUGGAGACGACAGGUUCAUUUUCUUGGAACAAUGCCUUAGCGCUCAAAGAAGCCACAAAAUAGCUGCAUAAAGGAAAAGCUUCAGGCAUAGAGCGUCUUAACAAUUUAACGCGCUUCUUAAUUGUUAAGCUUGAAAUAUACUAAAAUUGUCACAAACAGAGUCAGCCUUUCAAAAGCUGACUUCAUUACCAACUAUAACUAUUUCCUGCAUAGAAAGAGGUGGAACAAUAAAAAGAACUGAAUCAA